CCGACCUCGUCGCAUGCUGGUGACGUAAAAAAACGCGACGACGGACUGACUUUGCACAUGCGACCUUACUGUUUCAGAACCGCUUUCUUUCGGGUUAACUCGUUUACAGCAGAUGACAAUGUUCGUUCUGAGGCGAGCUGUGCACACGGCGAGCAGGACGAACCACUGCAGGUCAUUUUCCACCUCCCAGACCCACGGGAACCACAGAAAGGGUCUGGUGCUGGGGGUGUUUGAGAAGGAGGCGGAGGAGCGUGGGGUCCAUCUGACUGAGGCAGCUGCGGGCUUUGACCAAAGCGUGUCUGGGAAACUCUCUGAACUGCUGCACAUCUCUGGACCUGCACUGAAGAAAGGCAAGAGCAGAUUAUUUUAUGGACUCCACAAGGAUUUCCCAUGUGUGUCUGUUGUUGGACUGGGCAAGGCCAGUGCAGGGAUGUGCAGGGAGGAGAACUGGGACACCAGCAAGGAGAACAUCCGACAGGCUGUGUCAGCUGGCUGCCGCUCCCUCCAGGACCUGGAGGUGACUCAUGUGGAGGUGGACGGCUGCGGUGAUGCUCAGUCAGCGGCAGAAGGUGCCGUUCUGGGGUUGUUUCAUUAUGACCAGCUCAAAUCCAAGAAGAAAGCCAAAGUAACCACCCAGCUUCACGGCAGCGCUGACUUGGUUGCUUGGGAAAAAGGAGUGGUGUACGCAGAGGGCCAGAACCUGGCACGGCUGCUCAUGGAGGCUCCAGCCAAUCACGUCACGCCCACGGCUUUUGCCAAGACCAUUGAGGAGAAACUGGCACAUCAUGCUGAACAAGUCACAGUAAAUAAGAGAUCCCAGGCCUGGAUAGAGGAGCAGCAGAUGGGAGCCUUCCUCAGUGUGUCCAAAGGUUCAGAGGAGCCUCCUGUGUUCUUGGAGCUGCAUUACAAGGGUUCACCCGAUGGCUCGCAGGCACCGCUGCUCUUCGUGGGGAAGGGCAUCACGUUUGACAGUGGUGGUAUUUCUCUGAAGCCGUCCUCCUCUAUGGAUGCAAUGAGGGCAGACAUGGGGGGAGCCGCUACUGUGUGUGCGUCUAUUGUCACAGCAGCCGCUUUGAAACUACCACUUAAUAUUAUUGGUCUGGCUCCGCUGUGUGAGAACAUGCCAAGUGGAAAGGCCACAAAGCCAGGCGACGUCGUAAAGGCAAAGAAUGGAAAAACGAUCCAGGUUGAUAAUACAGAUGCAGAGGGCAGGCUGAUUCUCGCCGACGCACUCUGUUAUGGACACACUCUCAAUCCCAGAGCUAUUGUCAACGUGGCUACGCUAACGGGUGCGAUGGAUGUUGCCCUUGGUUCAGCAGCGACUGGAGUAUUCACAAACUCUGACUGGCUCUGGGAGCAGCUACACAAGGCUAGUGUUGUGACGGGUGACAGAGUGUGGCGCAUGCCUUUGUUCGAGCACUACACCAAACAGGUGACUGACAGCCAGCUGGCUGACCUCAACAACAUUGGCAAGUACAGCCGGUCUGGCGGUGCGUGCACAGCAGCUGCAUUCCUCAGGCAGUUUGUCACGUCACCUCACUGGGCACACCUGGACAUCGCUGGUGUGAUGAGUAACAAAGAUGAAGUCCCCUACCUGAGGAAAGGCAUGUCUGGAAGACCAACGCGUACGCUGGUGGAGUUUGCUGCUGGCCUGGCCCAGCAGCAGUCAUGAAGAUGAGAGACUCUGAGCACCUUGUAAAUCAAAAGCUAUCUUUCCACAAAUAAAGAAACUGAACUACA